AUGAGUGCUUUAAUAUCAAGAUCAUUUUUCCAAAGAUCCAGACACUAUUCUCUCUCUAUGCACGAUGUUAUGCAUGAUCUAGCUAUGUAUGUAUCAGGUCAGUGUUGUUCUAUUUAUGAUAGUUGUAAUGACUUCCACAAGCUAAAUGGUAGCAAGACACGCCAUCUAUCAUACAUGAAAGACUUAAAGGAUACAGUAGAAUUUGACAACUUUUCUAGAGUGAAGGAUUUGCGCACCUUGUUAGCUUUACCAUUGCGAGAUACAAAUCCAUGGCAGCAGACACAAUUAAAGCUUGAAAUUGUGCUGAAGGAUGGAGGAUGCUUAAGAUCACUUUCUUUGUCAGCAUCAUGUAUCACAGACUUGCCUGAUUCAAUUGGAAAUUUAAAACAUCUCAGGUAUUUGGAUGUGUCUCGCACGAAAGUUAAGGAAUUACCUCAUUCAGUUUGUGGGCUGUACAAUUUGGAAACACUCUUGUUGUCGAGUUGUAUAAAUCUCACACAAUUGCCUACCAACAUGUCCAAGUUAAUCAACCUGCGUCAUCUUAUGACAAGAGGGACUCCUCUAAAAGAGAUGCCACCGAAGAUUUGUAAUAUGAUAAAUCUUCAGAGGUUAAGUGAUUUUGUUGUGUGUAAAAAUGAUGGGUCCAGGAUCAAAGAGUUGGGUAAGUUGGAUAAUUUGCAUGGACGCUUGGAGAUUUCAGGACUUGAGCAUGUUAGAGAAGUGCGUGAUGUUUCGGAAGGCAUUUUGAAGAACAAAAAGUAUCUCAAUAAACUCAUUCUUUUAUGGAACGGUGUGGCAGAUAGCUCAACAAAGGAAAGAGAAGUACUUGAUGCACUCCAACCACAUGUAAAUUUAAAGGUACUCAAAAUUAGAGAUUAUAACGGUACAAGCUUGCCAGAUUGGGUAACACAUCCAUCAUAUUGUAACUUGAAAAAAGUUGAUCUACACUGUAGAAAUCUUUGCUUGUCAUUGUUAUCAUUUCGGCUGCUAAGUUCAUUGAUAGAUUUUCGUGUUUCUUGUCUUGAUAUGCAUGAUGAAUUUCGUAGUAUGUCUUUGAAUAAGCCCUUUCCAUUCUUAGCAAGAUUAGAGCUUCAUGAUACAGAUAUGUUGGAUUGGUCAUUUAUUAAUACAAGUGACCAAAGAUGUGAGAUUUUUCAAUGUUUAAAGCAAUUUGAUUUAGUCAGUUGUGGGAAGCUGAGUGUGGCAUUGCCUAUCUGUAAUUUUCCAUCUUUAAAAAUUAUCAAUAUUGCAUCUUGCGAUGAUUUGGUAACUAUAUUUCCAACAAGUACUCACAUUGACUCUCCAUAUCCUUCCCUCAAAAUGUUGAACACAAUGCAUUGCUCAAGGUUGGAAACCUUUUCAGAAAUGGGAUUGCCCUUUACUUUACAAUUUCUACGCAUCGCAUCAUGUGAUAAGCUCAUGGAAAACCGCAUGAAAUGGAAUUUACAAAGACUCCCAUCAUUGAAUUCCUUAGAACUCUGGCAUUGUGAAGAAAUGGUGGAUUCAUUUCCAGAGGAAUGGCUGCUCCCACCAUCUUUAAGAAGACUUAAGAUCUUUGAAUGUAAUAACCUCAAAGCUCUGAACAGCAAAGGCUUCCAACACCUCACCUCCCUUCGUUAA